CCUUCUCUCUUCGCUUCACAAUCAACAAUCAAUCGCUUCCCUUCUCCAUCCAUGUUUUGCCGUACACACCGCCACUUUUCCCUCUCUCUCUCCUCGCUCUCCCUUCUUCUCGCCGGGGGACGAAACUGACCGCCGUUCCCUCUCCGUCGCCGGAAAGCUCUGCCCAGUUCAGUUCACUCUUUUGUUGGAAAGACAGGGUGAUGUAAUGGAUAUGUCGGAGGCAGUUAUAGUAAAAUCUAGCAGAUUGAAAUCCGUUGUGUGGAACGAUUUUGAUAGAAUAAAAAAGGGUGACACCUUUGUUGCUGUAUGUAGGCAUUGUAAGAAGAAACUCAGUGGAUCCAGUACCAGUGGGACUUCUCAUUUGAGGAAUCACUUAAUUAGGUGUCAGAGAAGAUCUAAUCAGUUUAUUUCUUCAUCCAGGGAAAAGAGAAAGGAAGCAACUCUGGCUAUUACUAACUAUGUUGAUCCGGGGCCGAAGAAGGAUGAUGUACUCAAUCUUGUCAAUAUUGGAUUUAAUCCAGAGAAGUUGAAAGAGGAAACAAGUAAUACUCUGAGUUACAAUUUUGAUCAGCGACGAAGUCGCUUUGAUCUCGCACGUAUGAUCAUCUUGCACGGUUAUCCAUUGGCCAUGGUUGAGCAUGUUGGGUUCAGAGUAUUUGUUAAAAAUCUGCAUCCCUUGUUCGAACUUGUAACGUGCAAUAAAGUUGAAACUGAUUGUUUGGAGAUAUAUGCCAAAGAGAAACAAAAAGUGAAUGAGUUAUUGGAUAAAUUGCCUGGUAAAGUUAGUCUCAGCGCUGAUAUGUGGACUGCCUCAGAUCAUCAGGAAUCGGCAUACCUGUGUCUUACAGCCCACUAUAUUGAUGAGUCCUGGCAGUUAAAUAAGAAGGUUUUGAACUUUAUGUUCGUUGAUCCUUCUCACACUGAAGAUUUGCAUUCAGAGACCAUCAUGACAUGUCUUAUGGAUUGGGAUAUCGAUCGCAAGUUAUUUUCAAUGACAUUUGAUUGUUCCUCUACCAGUGACUAUAUAUCAUUACGAAUCAGAGACAGACUAUCACAGAACAGGUUCCUGUAUUGUAAUGGUCAAUUAUUUGAUGUCAGCUGUGCGGUAGAUCUUCUCAAUUUGAUGGCUCAAGACGCUUUGGAAGCAUUGUGCAGUAUUCUCCCUAAAAUUCGUGAUAGUAUUCAAUACAUUAAACAGUCUCGAGAAGUGCAAGCUAAGUUCAAUGAUAUGGCCGAACAAGGUAAAGUUCAGAGCCAAAAAGUUCUAUCUCUGGACAAUCCAGCUCAGUGGAACUUGACUUAUGCAAUGCUUGGAGCGGCUAUAGAAUAUCGAGAAGCGUUUUCCCGUUUGCAGGAAAGUGACGUUGGCUACACAGCAUGCCCAACUGAAGAAGAGUGGUCUAGGAGUUGUACAAUCACUGGGUUUCUGAAGUUCUUUUUUGAAGUAACUAAUGUAUUAACGAAGAGCAAUUUUCCAACUGCAAAUAUAUUUUUCCCUGAGCUCUGUGAUGUGCACUUGCAGUUGAUGGAAUGGUUCAAGAAUUCAGAUGAUUAUAUCAAGGCCUUGGCAUUCAAGAUGCGCACCAAGUUUGAAGAAUAUUGGGACAAGUGUGGAUUGGCUCUAGCGGUUUCUGCCAUUUUAGAUCCUCGAUUCAAGAUGAAACUAGUAGAAUACUACUAUCCACAAAUAUAUGGGGUUGUUUCUCAACAGAGGAUUGAUGAUGUUAUGAACUGCGUGAAGGCGCUUUACAAUGAACAUAUGAUCUGCUCGCCAUUAGCUUCAAUGGAUGAAGGUCUUGCCUGGCAAGUUGGGAGUAGUUCUGGGAAGGAUGGAAGGGAUAGAUUGAUGGGGUUUGACAAAUUUCUGCAUGAAGCCUCGGAGAGUGAAGGCAGUAAGUCAGAUUUGGAGAAGUACCUUGAGGAGCCUUUGUUUCCUCGUAAUGCCGAAUUCAAUGUGUUGAACUGGUGGAAAGUUCACAGUCCUAGAUAUCCAAUUUUGUCCAUAAUGGCUCGUAAUGUGUUGGGGAUUCCGAUGUCAAAGGUUGCAUCAGAUUGUGCAUUCAGGACUGGAAGAAGAGUGGUUGAUCGAGAGUGGAGUUCAUUGAAACCAGCUACGAUUGAAGCAUUGGUAUGUUCACAGGAUUGGAUACGGAGUGAACUGGAGAGCUAAUUCUUCCCUCACAUGACAACUCUGUCGAUAUUUAUUCAUUUUUGUCA